AUGUCUACUAGUGAUGUUAUCCAGUCUCAGUGGCCUGAAGUUGCGAUCGCACUUCAUGAAAACCGACGUGAAUUGGUGAUAUCUAAUCGAGAUGGGAUGGAUCCUCAUAUCUACCUCUUAAAGCAACUCAAUUUUCUUGAUAUAUCUAAAUGUACUCUCUCUGAUCUAUCAGAUGAUUUAAGCAACUUGAGUGGGCUUACUAAACUCUCUCUUCAACGCAACUCCAUAUCCAAGCUGCCUGAAGCUCUGGGGAGCUUGAACAAUCUUCGUUUCUUGGACCUUUCCUUCAAUAUUAUCACCAGUCUGCCAUCUGCAAUCUUUGACGGUCUUCCACGGCUGGAAACUCUCCUGAUGGACUCGAACAAUCUAACUGAACUUCCCUCUUUGGAAGGACUCAUCGACCUACAUCAUUUGUCAGUGUCAAAUAACGCUCUGUCCUGUUUACCCGAGAGUAUAUUAUGCUGUACUAAACUUAUGACUAUUGAUGUCUCCAGCAAUAAGAUAUCUGAACUCUCUGAUGAAGUUGGAUGGAAAAAUCUGGCCAAUUUGCACCUCUUUAAUCUUUCCAAUAAUCAACUUACCAGAAUACCACAAGCACUGUCUAAGUGCAAAAAACUGAGAGACCUUCAACUUCAGAAUAAUCCACUGAAAGAUCCUCGUCUAAGGAAACUCGUUGGUGCUACGCAUCCUGGUCCUGCUCUAAUUAAUUAUCUCGCAAAAUCAACGAAAGAAGGGAGUAAAAGUAAGGGGAAGGCUCCAAACGUCACCGAAACCACCACAGGCGCUGGAAGCGGUAAAUCACUUCCUGCGACUUCAUCGACUUCCCAAGACCUGGUAAUCGCAAUCAAUGAGGACGCUACGCCCUACGUGGUGUCGGUAGUUAGACCAGAGGAGGUUAGGAACAGUCUUCGACCACGCAUAUUUGCUUGUGUCGUUUCGGAUGUCUGCCUAAAUGGAGAGGGCACAUUGGUAGACUUCCUACGUUUCCAAACAAAACUGCACAAUAUGUUGGGGCAACAACGCAGGGUGGCUACCAUUUGCACCCACGAUGUCUGUCAGCUUACUCUACCACUCCACUUCGCUCUACAACCGGUGGACGUGACUUAUAUUCAACCGCUUAACAUGAAGAAGCACUUCACCGCACGCCAACUGCUCACUCACCUUCAACUUGAGGCGGAGUCUGAACGAAAGCGACGCAAGCUAACCACAUUUAGCGGUCUAAUGCGCUACUUAGAGAUUGUCUCGCCAUUGUUGGGUCCCAAACGAGGGACGCUUUGUGCAUCCGCUCACGCCGACAUUCAACCUCUGCCAGUUACAGUCGAUGCCGCUGGCACCACUAUCUCCCUCCAUCCCAUCACUGGCUGCCAUCAAACACGUCUGACUCGUGAAACCACCAAGAUAUUACUCGAAGUGGCCGGCCAAACUGACGCAGUAUGUAAGGACAUAAUUCGGGCUCUACUCGUCUGGCUGCUGAAGUACGCGCGUCCCAAAGUGGAUGAGGCCUCGUCACUGCCUCUGUCUCCCCUCACCAUUAUUCCCCUCAGCAUUGAGAAUGCAGAGACUGGCGAUCGAUUCGCCAGGUAUCCCACAGCCGGGGACAUCGCCGAUCCUGACUUCCUCAAUGUUAAGGUCGAUUAG